AUGGACGAAGAGCUCGGUGCAGCUACGUGGAGUCCGCAUGCCUUGGAAGCCCCGGCUCGCGCUCGUACUGCGGCUGCUGCUUCUGAUCUGGGACCGCUUGCUGCCCCACAGAAUUCUUCCCAGGGACUCGACUGGGCGAAUCUGUCCACGCAGCAGCUCGAGCACGACCCGGAAAUACAGCAAGCCAUCGAAGAGACUGCGCUGCCGCCGUCGAGGGGACACCCGCGUCUCUUCAAGCGGGGGCCGUGCUCUGCAUGCGGAGCGGCACGUCAUCCUCACAUCUUCCAGUCUGGAAGGAAGCAAGGACAGCUCAGAUUGCUGUGCAAUCGCUUUACAAGCACAAUGCGGACGGCAGGCGUGCAUGCUGGCAAGAUGCUUGCUUCCCGCGCGAUCGGCUCAACGAACUGCCUGCGCAAUUGCUUGCAGAGUUCAUGUGGCACUUGGAUGGGCAUCAAGAAGAAGCUCCGCCGCACACAGCUGAAAGGCCGAAGCGGCAAAAACAAGGCCAAGGUUGACUCACUGUUUGGGGCCUUUCUCCUGAGGAGUUCAGGUCUUCAUGCAGUGGUCGCUGCUGUUGCUAAGUACAGAUGCUGGGGACGAACCAGCGGAGUGGCCCCGGCGCAGUUCUUCCAAGAAGAAACGUUGCCGCUGUGGCUGCGCCAAGCCAAGUGA